UGCGACCUGCGAGCGACCCGGACUCGGAGCUGGCGGAAGCGGAGCCGGAGCCGGAGCCCGGGAGGGAGCGGCCGGCGCGGCACAGAUUUUGUAGCCAUGGCAGAGCCAGCAGGAACGAAGCCAAAGCGCAUCCUGGUAACCGGUGGCACCGGACUGGUGGGGAGAGCCAUUGAGAAGGUGGUUGCUGAUGGAGAGGGCAGGCCAGAUGAGGAAUGGAACUUUGUGUGCUCCAAGGAUGCUGACUUAACGAGUGCUGCGGAGACCAGAGCCCUGUAUGAGAAAUACAGACCCACCCACGUGAUCCACUUGGCAGCCUUGGUGGGAGGCCUCUUCAAAAACAUCAAAUACAACCUGGAUUUCUGGCGGAGAAAUGUGCACAUCAACGACAACGUCCUUCACUCAGCGUAUGAAUUCGGAGUGCAGAAAGUCGUCUCCUGCCUUUCCACCUGCAUCUUCCCGGACAAGACCACCUAUCCUAUCGAUGAGUCCAUGAUUCACAACGGACCCCCGCACAGCUCCAACUUUGGGUACUCGUACGCCAAGAGAAUGAUCGACGUUCAGAACAGGGGGUAUUUCGAACAGCACGGCUGCCGAUUCACCGCCGUGAUCCCCACCAAUGUCUUCGGACCACAUGAUAACUACAACAUCGAGGAUGGGCAUGUUCUUCCGGGACUGAUCCACAAGGUGUACCUAGCAAAGAAAAAUGGCACAGCUCUCACUGUCUGGGGGACGGGAAAGCCCAGGAGACAAUUCAUCUACUCUCUGGACCUGGCACGGCUCUUCCUCUGGGUCCUAAGGGAGUACGACGAGGUGGAGCCCAUCAUCCUCUCAGUUGGAGAAGAGGACGAGGUAUCUAUCAGGGAAGCUGCGGAGAACGUUGUGGAAGCCAUGGAUUUCAAGGGAGAAGUCAUCUUUGACACAACGAAAUCUGAUGGCCAGUUCAAGAAAACAGCCAGCAAUGGAAAGCUGAGGCGGUGCCUGCCCAACUUCCAGUUCACGCCAUUCAAACAGGCUGUGAAGGAAACUUGUGACUGGUUCAACGUGCACUAUGACAUCGCCCGGAAGUGACCAGCACACCAAAGCCGUUGUGAUUAUCGGAGGUUCCUCUGAGACUCAGGGUUUUCCUUUGCUGGAGCAGAGGAGGGGAUGCGUGAGGUUGUUUGGGGCUAGCUUUUCCAAAGUAGAAUUUGUCUCUGAGUGGGGUGGGGAAUGGAAUUGGGGGGCAGAGAGAUCCUGAAUGGCUAAAUCACAGAUAAGCUCAGCAAACAUGAGUGAGACGUGUAGCAUUAGGGGUGGAGAUACCCUCUCUUUCUCUGUGACACAGGACUUAUACUACUAAUCAUCUCAGCCAGCCACGGGUGUAGAACUUUGUGGGGUGGAAUGGGGAGAAACUCUCUGUUCAGGGAUCAAAGUGAAUCUUUGUUAAAAGAUUCCAAAAAUGCAAGGACUGAGGUUUCCCCCAAAUGCUUCCAACUUUUCUCCCUGUGGUUAUAAAUAUCCCAGGAACUGCAGCCUGAAGAGCCCCUCAGGUUCAGCUCUAGCUUAGGUCAAAAGGAGUUUAGUAAGGGAAGUCUUGCCUAGUGAGAACCCUGUUGGGCUUCCCUCAAAGACACCGCCCUGGGAGAGGCCGGAGGGUUGGACCUGAGGGUUGAGGUACCUGGAAGUUUACAUGCUGCCUUGGCAUCAUCUAAUGAAUAUUUUUAAAAAUAGACAGAGCCUCCUCUCCAUCAGACCUCAUCACUGUUCUCACUGGAUCCCUUUAUCUUGCCUAUGCUGUUGUCACCUCAUGUUAAGCUGUAAUUGGUCAGGCUGCCAAUCACGUGUAAAGCAGGCUGGAGUUAGGUUUAGAAUAAAUCAGAGCUGAUUUUUUU